AUGGCGGACCAGCUUCUCGACCAAGUGCGCGAUAUUGUCGAGGCGCCGAUUGACUAUGAAGGCCAGCGCCUUGCUGAGUUGAUCACCACCGUGCUACUGGGUGCGUCUGGGAUAUUUGCCUUCUUUAUCGGAUUCAUGACCCAGGACAUCAAGCUGACACUCUACAUCGGCCUCGCUGGCACCGCCGUCACCUUUCUCGCUGUUGUUCCGCCGUGGCCCUUGUACAACAAGAACCCGGAGUCGUGGCUGUCACCACAUGCGACUGUUUCGGGACUGCAUAUUGAUGUGGAUGGGAAGAAGGUGGGAUAG